AUGCAUGGGCGCGCGGGUGUCCUAGGUCCCUACACGCAGGUGAUUACCGCGCUGCGGGGGGCUCUUGAGGAGGAGUUGGGAAUUGAACGAGAUCUCGCAAGGGCAGAGUGUAAGGUACAGGUCGCCUGUGAAUGGAUUGCCCACGGCGCCAAGCCCCUUGCCUGGUGGGCUCGGGAGAACAUUGGCUACUUUGACGUUGCAGAAGACAGCACACAAUACUUUCUAGGAGGCCCAUUGUACCGAGGGCCACCCACCGUGUGCCUGCAGCGGUGGGGCUUCUGGCAGACCCGAUUCGAGGAGCUGGGGAAAAAUGCUAGCUUGAGAGAUGAGGUACGAAAGGAUGCGCUGGAAGCGGCGGAGACAAUGAACGUGAUCGAGAGGCGCGUAGCCAACACACUAUAA